UUUUUUUGUGUGCUCUGUGAAAAAUUGACGUGCGAAUUCGUGUGAAAAGUGAACAAGAAGAAGAAGAAGAAGAGGAAGAAGAAGGCAGCAAACAGAGGAAAAAUGAUUGUCAAUAUGCCCGUCAAUGGGCCCAACAACAGCUCAGCCGCCCAGCCGCAUUCCACUGAGCAUUCCAGUCACACUUCCAGCCAUCACAACAACAACAACAACAACAACAACAACAAUUCGCUGCCCUCGAACUGCGAAUUCAACUUCCUCAAGCGCAAAUACGAAACCCAACUAGAGGAGCCCUACGAGCAGCUCAACGCGAAUCCCUGGAAGAAGCGCCACCUGGACUACGAUGUGAACGGAGUCGGCGUCGCUCCUGGAGUGGGAGUCGGUGUGGGCGUGGGUGUGGGGGCAGCCGGCGAUCUGUGCUUCCAGCUGCAGCUGGACACGAGCGCCAGCGGCACGGCCAGCGCGGCCUUCAUCAACGACUUGUUCGCCUACGACAAUCAGCUCCUGGUGCCCGCCGCCUCCUACUGCGCCCCGCCCGCGGCUCCUCUGGAGGCGGACGCCGGGGGCUGGCAGGCGGGCGAGCUGCUCGAGCUGGAUCACCGCUACACGACGGGACUGCAAACGGAGAUCUCGCAGCUGAACGCGACGCUGCCGCCCAUGCAGAAUCAGCCGGACAGCCAGCUGGACGGACAGCAGGCGGAGCAGCAGCUCCAGCUGCCGGCCACUGGCAACGGCUUCCUGGUGCCCAUCGCACAGAAGCAGCAGCAGCAACAGCAGCAGCCCCAGUCGCAGUCACAGUCACAGUCACAGCCCACAGCACAGUCGCAGUCCCGUUCCUGCCCAGCUCGCUCCUCGCCGGAGCCGGACUUCGAGGACAAGAAUCUCUCGUGGCUGCUCAACUUCAAGUUCGACGAGUUUCCGCAUCUCUCGCCCGACGUGGGCGGCGGCAUGGCGCGGCUGGGCGUGGGCCUGGAGGCCGCCACGCCCACAGCGGCGACAACCGCCCACAUGGCCAGCGCAUCGCCCUGCAGCUCGGCCUCGCCGGCCUCCGCAUCGAACUCCAGUCACAGUCACUCGUCCCAGCUAGAGCCCCGCGGCUCGCCCAAGAGCUGCUCCAACUCCUCCUCCACGGCAGCAGCAGCAGCCACAACGCCAGCAGCAGCUGCAGGAGGAGUCACGGGAGCAGCUGCAGCCACAGCGACGCCAACCAAAACCGGACGCAAGUUCGAGGAGCUGGUCAUGGAGGUCACCUCCGAGAUGGACGGUAACGAUAUGAUUGUCGCCGAGCACGUUGUGGUCGAGGAUACAGCAUCCAAAGCGCCGAAGAAACCACCGUUUACAUACACGGAACUCAUCGAAUACGCCCUCGAGGACAAGGGUGAGCUGACGGUGUCUGGCAUAUACCAAUGGAUAUCGUAA